GAGAGAGAAUGAGAAAGGGGUGUCUUCUGAAUCUUGUAUUUUGAUGCUCAUAAAUGUGGAAGGGUGGGGAGGCAGUCUUGUGGAUCUUGUGUUUUAAUGCUAAUAAAUACGCCGGCCGGGCAGAGCAUUGGUCCUGUGGGCUUGUUCAUGAAUCAGGGAUUGGGGAUGGGUGAGCCCCAGUGAACAGUGCCCAGUUUGGAGGCCCCGCUCCCCCCCAGGGGCCCUUCCAGUUGUCCACAGAAAUACUUGGCUGGCCGGUUGCCAUAGGAACGGCCGGCAAGCGGAAGUAGCUGUACGCAGUUACUUCCUCUUCCGGGUUGCUGCUCUCCUCCGCAUGUCCCCGCGUUUCCUGCGCCGCCUCGCGCCGCUGCUGCCCCCGCUGCCGCUCUUGCCCCGGGCUCGGCCCCGCAUGCUCGGCCCCGCGCCCCUGCCGCCCCGCAAACGUCCCCGUAGCGACCCCAUGGCGCCAGCCCGGAUCGGGACGCACAACGGCACUUUCCACUGCGACGAGGCGCUGGCGUGCGCGCUGCUCCGCCUCCUGCCCGAUUACCGGGAUGCAGAGAUCGUGCGGACCCGGGACCCUGAGAAACUGGCCUCGUGUGACAUCGUGGUGGAUGUGGGCGGCGAGUACGACCCUCGGAGACAUCGAUACGAUCAUCACCAGAGGUCUUUCACUGAGACCAUGAGCUCCCUGGCCCCUGGGAAGCCUUGGCAGACCAAGCUGAGCAGUGCGGGACUCGUCUAUCUGCACUUCGGGCACAAGCUGCUGGCCCAGUUGCUGGGCACUAGUGAAGAGGACAGCAUGGUGGGCACCAUCUAUGACAAGAUGUACGAGAACUUCGUGGAGGAGGUGGACGCCGUGGACAAUGGGAUUGCCCAGUGGGAGGAGGGGGAGCCUCGAUAUGCACUGACCACUACCCUGAGUGCCAGAGUGGCUCGACUGAAUCCCACCUGGAACCAGCCCAACCAAGACACAGAGGCAGGGUUUCAGCGCGCAAUGGAUCUGGUUCGAGAGGAGUUUCUGCAAAGACUAGACUUCUACCAGAACAGCUGGCUACCAGCCAGGGCCCUGGUGGAAGAGGCCCUGGCCCAGCGGUUCCAGGUGGACACCAGUGGGAGAAUAGUGGAGCUUGCCAAAGGUGGAUGCCCCUGGAAGGAGCACCUCUACCACCUGGAGUCAGCGCUGUCCCCCCCAGUAGCCAUUGCCUUUGUCGUCUACACUGACCAAGCAGGACAGUGGCGGGUGCAGUGUGUGCCAAAGGAACCUCACUCAUUCCAGAGCCGGCUGCCCCUGCCAGAGCUAUGGCGGGGUCUUCGGGACGAGGCCCUGGACCAGGCCACCGGGAUCCCUGGCUGUGUCUUCGUCCACGCCAGCGGCUUCAUUGGUGGCCACCACACCCGAGAGGGUGCUCUGAGCAUGGCCCGUGCCACACUGGCCCAGUGUCCAGCACCUGUGCCUCCCACGAGCCCCUCAGCCCAAUAAAAUGACCCAUCACUGCC